CAAAACCACCACAACACAGAAAGGUGAAGAACAACCUGGAGUUGCAGCACUGUGCACAUGCCCAGAGUACUUUUGCCAUCCAUCACUGUCAGUGAAGGUUUCCAUUACAGCAGUCACAGAUGACUGAGCAGGGGAAGAUAGUCAUGCCGACUGUUGGAGCAACAGGUAGCAGGGGACGACUGACCGGCAACACUGUCAAACUCUACAACACUUUUCAUGACCCGGGCAGGGUGAACUUCGCUUCUUAUUCCGGACAUCUCAGUGGGACGGGCUUCACUUCAAACCAGAGACCAGCCAUAUAUUACAGGCCCAGUUUGGACCGCAUUGACAACCCCCAGUUUGGACUCUUGUUAUCGGACAGUUUCAUGUCUCAAACCAAACAACACUACCGGCCUCACAUCUGGUCUGAUUGUUCGGGGCCUUUGCCAAACCUCAUUAAUAAACCCAGUGACAGCGGCUUCUAUCAGUUGAGGAAUUGUCCGAGAACAGUGACUGUAGAGGAAAAGACAGAAUACCAAAGAUUGUUUGUGCCACAUCGUCUUACACCGACAGUUUCCCAGAACCAUGCUACCGUGCAUCCAAGAGGACAAAGUGGUUUCACUGAGGGAACAGACCUUCAACUAAAUACAUUUCAGGAGAAAAAAAGCAUGGUUGAACCUCUCCAGACUCACAGAUCAGUGAUGAAAAAUGACUUCAUGCCACCGUCAUUUCUGCAGGGCACUGAGGCGAGACCAAGCCUGUGCAGCAACCUUUUUUCUCGAGAAACAGGAUUCACGCGAGGUGCCAUCGCUCCCUUGGCCUGCCCAACCUCCCUUCUGCCAUCACCCCAGACUAAACGUAAUGCACCAACUGAGAAGACCAUUGGAAAAAAGGAGCCCACAGGGUUUCUUCUCAAUGCUCCAAACAACCAUGCUUUCCCUAACAGACCUUUUGAUGGUUCACACUUCAGCACACAUUAUAAAAGAAUGUUUUGUCAUGAUGCCGAUUAUGAAAAGUUGAAAUCUGGCCACAUUGGUGCAGGAAUCAUCAGUGCAAAAAUAGACAGCGGCUACAAUCGUCGAGACAUGGACAGGUUCAUCUUAAGAGGCUAGACCUUCACACACCUGAUAUGGAACCUGCAUG